UUUAUUGCUUGAUUGUCGGUGAAGACUUUUAUGAUACAAGUGUGUUGCGAAAUAGAACGUAAUUAUUUAAGAGUUAAGGUUGUUAUUCGUUUGAGUUCAAUGUGAGCUGCAGGAUACUUUGGCGCGAAGGGUUCGGAGUUCAGUUGGCCGCGAGCCUGGCAGGCGGCUGCACGACUCUCGUCUUGUGUGCCGAGUCUCACUCGUAACUUAUUACGUAGGAUCCUAUUGUGUAGAUACUAAGAAGUUGGAACUGUGUAUACAAUGUCUGGUGCGCUCUAACAAGCCGGCCAUCUGAAGUUGUUAAACGGGCAGGAACAGAACAGGCAGGCGGGCGAAUAAUUCUAGGCGGGCGGUCAGUAACUGGGGAGCUCUUGCGGACAGUUUGGAAGUGCGGCGGCGGCGACUCGGCCCGGGGCGGCGCAGGAGUCCCGAGAUCUAUCGCUGACAGCUUCGCCAUGGAGGCGCAUUCGCUCGGCCGUACUCGGCACACACCUACUGUGAGGAAUCAUAUCGUCUACACCGACCAAAAGGGAAGAAAAAUCCCGUAUGCUGACAAGACCACGCCGGAGCCAAUCCUGAACAACAAUGGACGAGAAACAAAGGUCGAUUCGAUCAGAAACAGCUACAACAGCCAGUUAAAAGUGGGCAUCUACGGAUGGCGGAAGAAAUGCCUUUAUAUUCUCGUCAUGGCGCUCAUGCUUAUGAUGAUUAUCAACCUCGCACUGACGCUUUGGGUUUUAAAAGUGUUGGAUUUUAAUUCGGAAGGGAUGGGCCAGCUAAGGAUAGUGCCUGGAGGCCUACAGUUACUGGGACAGGCUUUAGUUCUGGACUCGCUAUUCGCUUCGAGCAUCAAGUCGAGGAGAGGCCAGCCCAUUGCCAUCGAAUCAUCUAGGAACUUUACUGUUUCUACGAGAGACACGGAAGGAUUGUUGCAGAGUCGGUUAUUUUUAAGUCACGAUCGUUUAGAAGUAAACGCACCCCGGCUGGAGGUGCGCGACGCGCGGGGCGCGUUAUUGUUCGGCGCGGGACAGGAUUCGGUGACCGUGGGCGCGGACACGCUCACCAUCACCAGCCCCGCCGGCGCCACGCUGCACACCUCCGCGCAAACCCCGUUGGUGCGCGCGCCACCAUCCAAAAGACUAACAUUAGAAUCCCCGACGCGCUCACUGGAAGUGCACGCGCCACAGGGUAUCGAACUGGAGUCUCGUGCCGGCGAUAUCAGUGCCAGCUGCCUCACCACCUUCCACCUCAAGUCUGUUGCGGGCGCUAUACGUUUAGACGCACCAAGUAUAUACAUGCCCAAGCUGAAAUCGGCCUUACCGUUACCGCCUUCAUCGCCACACUCGCAUGACCCCCACCACCAGAACAUCUACCAGCUGUGCGCGUGCGCCAACGGCAAGCUGUUCCUCGCGCCGCCUCACGGCGCCUGCGCGGCUAGGGAAGAAAGUCUCAUAUGCCGAUGAUGAUAAUAUUGUAGGUUUAUCUGAUAAAACGAUUUUGGAAGCUGCCAGGUGUGUAUUCAAAAGUUAUU